AUGUCCAACGAGGAAGAAGCAGUGGUGCCAACUAAUCAACGAAGCUCGUGGACGAGUUUCUUGAAAUCUAUCGCAACGUUCUCUGGCGAUCUGAGCUCAUUAACCGCUCCUUCAUUCAUCCUCAGUCCUACAAGCUUAUGUGAAUUUCCAUCAUAUUGGGGAGAACCACACCGGGAAUUUGCCGCUAUCCCAACGGGAAAGACACCCGAAGAACGUAUGGUGUUAACACUCCGUUGGUUCAUAUCAACCUUGAAAGGUCAAUUCACUAGACGAGAGACUCAAACUGGCACAGAAAAGAAACCUUUAAAUCCGAUCCUUGGGGAGCUUUUUCUAGGAAGCUGGAAUUCCGAUUCUUCAAAUGAUAAAAAUAGCACCGGCGAACUACGACUAUGGACGGAGCAGGUAUCUCAUCAUCCACCUGUAUCAGCUUAUUGCUUGAUCAAUGCGAAAGCAGGUGUUUCUUAUCAAGGCCAUUGCGGGCAAAAGACUUCUUUCAGCGGGAAAAGUGUUAUUGUCAAGCAAGUCGGACAUGGACUUCUGAGAGUCAAAUUACCUGACAACACCAUAGAAUCGUACUUGAUCACGUUACCCAAAUUACGAAUCGAAGGUUUAUGGAUGGCCAGCCCGUACAUUGAAUUGACUGAAAAUUCACACAUUCAGUCUUCGUCUGGAUACCAUACAGUCAUGGAGUUUAAAGGAAAAGGCUAUUUCACAGGCAAGGCACAUUCAUUUACGGCGAAAAUAUACAGUCAGCCGAAGAUUACGUCAGGUGUAAGCCCGGUUCAUGAAAUCGAAGGGCAAUGGCAUGGGCUGUCAAAGUUUGUCAAGCAAGUUCCUAAGUGGUGGCAGGGAUCAGGUGACAAAUUCUUGGACCUGACCGAUGAGAAACUUGAAGAGAUCACUGUCCAAGAUAUCUCUAAACAAGGACCGCUCGAAAGUCGCCGCGUAUGGAAAAAUGUCGCAGAUGGCAUUCGGAGCGGCGAUUUCGAAGCUGCUAGUUCUGCAAAAUCAAAGUUAGAGAAUGAACAAAGGGCUAAAAGGAAAGAAGAGUUGGCCAAUGGAACUCCCUGGCAAAUGUCACAUUUCGACCGGGUAGAUUCGGAUGAAGAAUACGCCCGAUUAGCUGAAAUGUGCAGCCACUCUCCUCCGACUGAAGAAGCUUAUUAUUUCAAGUACGAGAAAGAAUACAACCAAGAGAUCCUUUCGAAGCAACAUCAGCAGUAA